UUGACAGUUAAAGUUUAACACAACACGGACGGGUUUGUCUUUUUUGCUAAUUAUUUUUAAUUUGGUUGUUUACUUACUAAGCGUAAAUGGUUUAACAUUUUAAGUUCUUUCGAUUUGCCCUAACUCUUAUAAGUUUUGCGACAUAACAAAUCAAUAAUUACAAUACGGAACAAACUAAAGGUACUGAGUCUACUGCAUCGUUUUGAAUAAUCACUUAAUUUCUCCGAUACAGACGAUUAAGCAACUAACUGAUCACAAAAAUGAACUACAAUGAGGAAGCCCCACAACAACAAGGGCCUACAAAGGUAGUGCGAUUUGACAAGGGCUACAUACAAACAAUGCCCGGGAUACUCAAACUGGUGCAGUUGGCCUGCAACCUUAUAGGUUUUAUAUGCAUCAAAAUAUCAUGGUCAUGGGUGUCCGCAAUAUUCUACAAUAUCUUGUACUGGGUCGGAAUCAUCAUCACAGGGCUGCUACUCUUCAUGUACACAUUCCACUUCGUAGAGAAGUUGGACAAAUGGCCGUGGCUCAAAUUUGAGUUUGCAUAUUGUAUCAUAAUGAGUCUGACAUAUAUUGGAUGUUCUAUAUUUGCCUCAACAAUCGGAGAGAGUGUUGGAUAUGCUGUUGGGUUCUUCGGGCUAUGUGCAAUCAUUGCAUAUAGCUUCGAUGGAUACCUGAAGUACAAGGCAUGGAAGCGAGGACUGCCACCUCAGUAAAAGAGAUCUUAUUACCACCAAAUCUAACAACUGGGCUUGAUACAUUCAUCACGAUUAUUUUUCAAGAUGGCUGCAUUUAAGAUGUUGGAAAGCUGGUCUUAACUCCACUUCUAAAUGGUCUGAAUGGGUAAAGGUUGGUUCUAAGACCUAAGUUACGUUCCCAGUGCAUAUUUAGUCUUAUUUACAUACUGUGACUUAACAAGAUUAAGCGAAGAGUAUUGAAUUAUUUUAUAUUAUAAGUUUACUUAUCAAAUAUUCUAUCAUGUCUAUAUCAGUCAUUUCAAGUGUUAAGUAUAGCUUACGCUAUAUUGUCUGAAGUAUUAGAUCUUUCAUUUGAUAUUAUACUGUUGAAUAUUUUCGAUAAAAAUAGCAACAUUUUUUUUUUAAUAAGAACUUGCUUUUGUUCUAAAUUACUAGAUUUUCGUUAGUAGAAUCAUGUUGUAUAAUCAUAUUAGAAUUAUUAUAAAUAAUGAUGUCUGACCCACAUCAAGCACAAUUUUAUAAAGGUGUUAAAAAUUGAAAUUUAGAAAAUAUAGUCUUAGUCAUAUAUUUUUGUAUCGGCUUUAAAUACCAGUUCAUAAAAUUAUACUUAAUCACACAAUGCUAUGGAUGUGCCUUGUUAGUGUGCCUAUAUUUGUAAUAAGCUAGAAGUCGCGACCAUUCAACUUUAUUACAAAAAUCAUAAGGUUGAAAAAUUAAGAAAUAUCUGACAUAGCUACGGAUUUCUACCAUAGACACUAGCCCUGAUUUAAAAUCGCAUGGAUUUAAAACAUAUUACUUAAGAAAUAGACAAAGUAAACAAUGACUUACAUAAAGACUGUCAUUUUAGAAUUUUGGAUAACGAAAGACUUGGAUUUUUAGGGGUUGAUUGUAACGAUGAAACCAUGAUAGUUACAAAGAUAAUGCAAUCAGAAAAAUUAAUGAAAAUAGAUACAAAUAAACCUCAUUAUUGAAUGCUGUAAAAGCUUAUGCACAAGAAAUAAAUAUAAUAAUAAUAAUAUUAUUGUAAAUAUUUUGAAAAGUUGUUGAAUUUUGAACUAACAUGUUUUUGAAGAUAUUUGUACAAACCUUUACAAAGUAAUGCACUUUGAUAUGCCAUGUAUAUUGUAUAGUUUGAAGCAUUUUACUAAUCAUGUUAACCCACCAAUAUUUUGGUUAGAUAUACUUAACAAGGGGUCCAACUCUUUGGGCAUUUAACUUUAUAUAAAUCAAUCUAAAGUCUCACAGAGAUAUUUUUAUAUUAUUUUAAAAACUUUGAAACAUUGUAACAAGAAAUAUACCAAGUACUGUUGGUCAGUUUAUUUAAAUGUUACUUUUAGGGCCUAUUUCUUAAUGUUCUGAUAACUGCUGCAGUGCAACGUCUCGCGGGUUCGUUUCCCGCACGGAACAACACUGUGUGAUCCACAAAUUGUUGUUUCGGGUCUGAGUGUGAUGUGUAUGUC